AUGUCAAGUUAUACAUUUCAUGGUAUAAAAAUAUCAGAAGAAAAACCUGUAAAACCAAAACCAUUUUCAUGUGAUGUUUGUGAUAGAACUUUUACACAAUUUGUUCAUUUAGUUUCUCAUAAACGUAUUCAUACGGGUGAAAAGAGUUUUCUAUGUGAUUUUUGUGGUAAAGCAUUUCGAUAUAAAAACAAUUUAGUUGAACAUAAACGAAUUCAUACUGGAGAAAAACCGUAUGCGUGUGAUGUGUGUACAAAAGCAUUUACGACCAACAGUGAUUUAGUUAAACAUAAACGAAAACAUACCGGAGAGAAACCGUUUACUUGUGAUGUUUGUGGAAAAUCGUAUACGCAAAAAGCUAGUUUAGCGAAACAUCAACGGAUUGUUCAUACGGGUGAAAGACCUUAUUAUUGUAACAUAUGUGAGAAAUCGUUUACAACUCAAUAUAUUUUAGCGAAACAUCAAAAAUUGCAUACUGGCGAACAACCUGUUCCGGGUGUUCGUGAUAAAACAGUGUCCAACCAGAGAGAACAUUCAACCUUAGCCAAUUUACUUGGAAAUCAACUAAUUCAAAAUUUCCCAUACAAUUAUGAUAAAACCUUUCCCCAAAAUCAUCAUUUAGUUGAAAAUAGACAAAUUGCGACUGGAAUAAACCCAUUUUCAUAUUUUAGUGGUGUUAGCACUAGUACAGAACGAACCGAUACGUCGCAUCCAGCCAUACCUGAAAUAAUUUCACCGCCUGAAAAUUCCCGUCCCUCAAUCACGACCACUAUUCAUUCUGUCGAAAGUGUACGAAGUGAAAAUGUCGAAAGUAUACGAAAUGAUAAUCAAAUUGAUCCAGAAUCCUUGAUCAAGAAUGAAAAUAUUAAAGUUGAACAACAAGAAAAUUCAUUUUCAUAUGAUGUUGACGAUAGUAAUAGUUGUGGAGGGGGUAUGGACGAUGCAGAUCCACCAAGUCCAUUAACGGAACCCAUAAAAACUGAACAAAAAUUAGAAAUCGAUUUAGUCGUUAAAGAUGAAACUAUUAAGACUGAAGAAACUACCGACGAAGGUUUAGUGAAAGAUGAUCUACCUGAAACAGAAAUUAAAGAGGAAGAAAAACCAUUUUCAUGUGAUGUAUGUGGAAAAGGUUUUCUAAAAAAUCGAAAUUUACGUCGACAUAAACGACUUAUCCAUAACAAGGGAAAAACAUUUCCUUGUGAUGAGUGCGAUAAAGUUUUUAAGCAUAAACGGGAUUUAGUAAUACACGAACUAGAUCAUAGUGGAGAAGCCGGUUAUCCGUGUAACGAAUGCGAUAUGACCUUUACAAAUACGAAAAAUCUACGCAGACAUCAAAAACUACAUAAUAGAUUCAAUUUUGCCUGUGAUGUUUGCGAUCAAGUUUUUACAUUCCAUAAGGAUUUAGCAGAACAUAAAAAAAUUCAUUCGACCGGCGAUAAACCAUUUGCAUGCGAUAUGUGUGAUAAGAAAUUUAGUCGGAAAAGUCUGUUUACCGAACAUAAACGAAUGCACACGGGAGAAAAGCCGUUCGCAUGUAAACUUUGUGAUAAAUCAUUUACCAGUAACAGAGCUUUAACCGCCCAUCACGGAACCCAUACUGGUAGAAAGCCGCAUUUAUGUGCACUUUGUGGUAAAGCAUUCGCGAAAAAUCUCGACUUACAAAGGCAUCAACGUAUCCAUACUGGAGAACGACCGUUUACUUGCGAUGUUUGUGGUAAAACAUUUAUAAAUCGAUGUAAUCUAGUCGAACAUCGACGAAUUCAUUCGGGUGAAAAACCAUUUACAUGUGAAAUAUGUGCGAAAUCAUUCACGCAACGUAUGAACUUAUAUCGACAUCAAGUAACGCAUACGAAAGAGAAACGUUUUACAUGUAGUCUUUGUGCGAAAAAUUUUGGCUAUAAAUCCAGUUUGGUUGAACAUGAAAGAAUUGUUCAUAAUGGAGAAAAGAAUUUCGCGUGUACUGUUUGUGAUAAGAAAUUUGGCCAGAAAUCCAGUGUAUUGGAACAUGAACGAGUUAUUCAUAAUGGAGAAAAACGUCAUACCUGUGAUGUUUGUAAUAAGAAAUUUGGGUAUAAAUUUAAUUUGGUUGAGCAUAAAAAAAGAAUGCAUACACGAGAACCCCAAGUUUAUGGAUGUGAUGUUUGUUUCAAACAGUUUCGCAGAGCUAAUCAUUUGGUUAAUCAUAAGAAAACACAUAGCGAAAAACCAUGCGAUUAUCUAUCAGCAUUAGCUAGUAAAAUCAGUAUUUAG